AUGAUAGCUGCUUCAAGUGUCGGAGUCCACGAUCACAGGUAUGUCAACCGGGACACGGUUCGAUACUUCCUGCAGCGUCGCCGACUGUUACGGCGAUAUGUUUUGGGAAACUCUCGGAGCCUCGAGAGCGAUGCAGAGUUUGGUGAGCUAUUCUGCAGAGUGAAGGAUUUGAAGUCGGGAGGCAGCGGGCAGGGUCAGAGCUCAGAAGUGGCCUCCCUAGGACGAUCGGCCCAAAAUACUGGGCGGAAACGAAUAUGGUUGGUGCAGAGAACGCAAUGUGGACGGCGAGGCAUCCCUGUGGCACCGGGAGCCUUGUUGGUAUGUAAGUGCAUAGACAUAGAAGCUCUAUUCCAAGACAUAGUAGAGGAUGGUGAGAGAGGGUAUGAGGGAGGGUUCGAGGGCCGGCAUCAAGGUCGGUCGAGGCGCUGCAUCCGGGAGGAUACUCUCGUGGAGAUGUUCCUGUCCAAACUGCUCACACGGUUCUUUGGAUGUCCUAAUUUCGAUCGCUUGAUCGAUAUCAUGCAUGAUAGUACUCGGGUCUACUUCUUAUUCGAGUUCUUUGAGGGAGGCGACCUCCUCGACUAUAUGACGGCGAGAGCCUUACAGAGUCAGAGUCGUCGAAGGGCCUCGGUGGCAAAGUCAGCUCCACCGGACGAGUCUGGCGAGCUCUGUGGUGAGUCUCCGGAGGAGUCAGUUAGCGAAGACGCCGCGUCCCCUAUGUCUUGUCCUGGUGGUGAUAGCAGCAAGGUUCGCUUGACGGUCGACAGGCAGGGCUUGAGGAAGUUCUUUGAAGAGGUCACAACACCUGGGAAGGAGGAUAAGAGGAUUCAACAGCCUCACCAGCCACGAGCUGAUGAGGGUGCCUCACGAGAAGAGAUAGUGGCAGUCUCGAACACUUCCAAGGAGGCGACGAUGAAGAUCGGUGGGGAAGUAGAGGCAGAGGAGGAGGAGACGACGACUGCUGUGGUCAGACUGAAUGUCAAGGUUAGAAGUUUGUAUUAUCCUGGCCAGCUUGAGUACAGCUAUAGAGCUGCUCCAUUCACUGCAUCUAGCACACUUGGACGUAUCACCCGAGCAAGUGUUGGUGCAUAUAUCACCGCACACUGGUCGGGUCACAUCAGCGGCCCUUACAGAUUUGGCUCAGUGCAGCACGGUGAGUCAACUAAGAUGUUCAUCCCUGCGCAAAUCUGGAAAGGCCCUAUACCGGGCCCCCGAGAUGUGCUCGUAAGAGCUACUGCUGCUUUUCUGAUGAUCUCAACUGCUGCUACUCUCAGUCUUUGGCUCGCCGGAGAUAUGUGGUCCGUUGGUGUGGUGGGUCUGGUCAUGUGCCUUGGGGGUCCGCUCUGGGCGAGCGCUACUGCUGAUGAUGAGAAGUACCGGCAUUUCCUGCAGCACGCAGGACCAGAUGUGUUCUAUUACUUGAGCCAAGUGCAGCAUCUCCCUAGUGAGCUGGCAGCGCUUUUGGCAGGCCUACUGCAACCUCAGCCGCAGGAGCGACUGACCAUCUCGUUGUGUCGGAUGUCAGAAGCAUUGUCUCCUGAGUUCAUGGACGGCUAUGAUGUGAUGGCCGACUCGGAGCCGCACCAACUACUCCAAUCCUCAUUCGAGACGAGUGACAGCUCACAGCCCCAUGUGGGCAAGAGGAGGAUGCUAUUCAAUGCUGUUAUCAGGAGUAUGGUAGAAGUGUGGAAUAAGGUCUCUAUGGCAAUACCAUUGUCACCUAAGAUGGCACGCAGGACAGAUACCAAUAACACAGCGACUACAGUGGACAGUACCCGUAUCGAGUCGCCUAGUCAGCGCCUAGUGCCUCUUGCGCAUUCCACAGCUGCGUCUCCUGUGAACGAAGACGAAGUUGAGAAGACCUAG